AUGAAAGCUUUCAGAGUUCUCUCAAAAUAUAUACCACCGGUAAAACAAAAGACAAAGAAAAAAAUGAGGCCAAGUAAAAUGCCCAAAAGUAGUCUCGAUAGCAGUGGACAAUCCAAAAUUCUUUUAGAAAAUUUAUCACCAUCAAAACCAUCAAAAUCAAGAAGAAAAGAAAAAAUGAUACCAAAGAAAAUAAUGCCAGUGCCUGAAUUACUGACAAAACAACCAUAUAUACGUCCAAUCGCCCCACCAGAAACAUUAUAUCAAAAAGAAAAAGAGGCGGAACAAAAAAUUUCUCAAGUAUCAGAAAGCGUAGUAUCGAUGGCAAAAAAAGCAACCGCGAAGGAAUUAGCGGAACAUAGUUUUACUUAUAACGAGAAUGCGGAUCGAGCUCGAUUUAAGCAUGAGCUUAAAGAAUUGCGAUUACAAUAUAUUAAAGAUAACGAAGCAAAACAAAAAGCCGAACGACGACAAAAGGAUCGAAUGGCUCGAAGAGAACAAAGAAUGAGUCGACGACCUGUUAUUUCUCGUAUUGAUACGACUCCUUCUAGAUAUCUAACAUUUAAAAACGAUCAAUCUUCUGAAAACCCUACAAAAGAAGAAAAAUCUUCUGAAAAACCCACGAAAGAAGAAAAAAAGGAAAAACUGGACAUCGAAAUUCGUAAUAUCAUUAAACAAUAUACUGUCGAUCCAGAGUUUGAACGGCAACAUCAAGAAGUCCGUCGUCUACGUGACGCCGGUAACAUACUUUCCCUCAGUUCCGCCCACGAAUUUGAUAUGGAUGCAUAUCGUGAACGCAAACGAGCACGCGCAUUAGUCAACUAUGAAAAACGAGAAAAAAGUUUACGCGAAAAACGGCUGUCACAACUAAUUAAAUUAUAUCACAACACUACAAGCUUCAUCAGACUUGAAAACCUUGACGAGGUGGUGGAUCGUGUAUUCGCUAAAGAUGCUGCACGAAAACCAUUCAUGGAUUCGAGUUUACGCGAUCUGCAGGUGAAUUUGCGAGAAGGUGGUGGUGUGAUUGAUGGUGAACAGUUGAAGGAGAGGGUGGGCAGGAUUCGCGAUGUUUUGGAAGGAACUGUUCACGGUGGAAAAAAUUUUGGAUUAUAUAAACUAAGAAAAUUCAUAAAUAAUAAUCCGAAUUUAUUUGAGAAAGAUGAUAGUAAAAACGAAAAUCAAAAGAUACUCCAUCAAAAUGUUUGGUAA